CAAAGUAAUACAAACCCAAGCCUAGAGCAAAGGAGGCGCGGAGAAUGCACCGCCUGCUGCAGUUGCUGACACACAGGAAAACAAAGCUUCUAAAAUACGGUAGUCCUAGAUUGCCAAGCUCCUAAGUCGUUUUGCAUCCUUCUGCAAUCCGUUUUGUUCAGCUGGAAAGAGCUACCUAUUUUGAACUUGCUUUCCACAUUCUUAGUCUACGGCAUAAAACAUCUAUCUUACAUUAUUGUGCAACGAUAUCUCUGAGAACCAAUUGACGGGUUGAGUACAGCCGCAACGAUGGAAGUGCACACCACGUGCGCCCGCCUCGCCGACCACGGCACAUUUUCCCAUGGAGCCGCUCCAAAGCUUUCUGCGUACCGACAGCUGUCAAACCCCCUGCACACAUUCGCAGCCGCGCCCCCAAGCUCAAAACGCCCUCGCACGCUGCAAACCCCGUGCCGCGGAGGCCUAACCACAGUGUAUGUGCCAAAGGAGAAGGAUGAGAAAAAGAGUGUGCGGUUGUGGAUGUCGCCCCAGGACUCGCAGCACCUAGUGAAGCAGCUGCUUGAGCAUGACACCAGCAAUGCGCUGGCGGACCACUUUGACAGCAAGCGCGCGGACAAGGGGCUGUGGUGCACGGUGGCAGACUCGGAGCGGAUGAGGAGAGUGGGGAUUAAGGGGUGCAAGGGGCUGCUGCUGAAGCGGAGGAGUGUUGAGAAUAAUUGGUGGGUUUGGAUCCCCUCCCUUGGAGUGUUCAGCCUGGAGGAGGCCGAUUUCACGGGCGCGAAUCCGACGGGGCUGGCGGAUGGGAGCGGGUGGACGCAGGAGCAGGCAGUGCUUGUGCUAGCGGGGGCGCCCAGCCACCAGGCGCGGCAGCAGCACAUCGAGACGGUCGCAGCAUGGUGGGAGCAGGACGCGUACGAAACCGUCCGGCAGUGGGGCCACGUCCGCGCAACGCCCAUGACUGUUGACCAGGAUGUGGCGGGUAUGACGGGCUGCGUGCUGAGCAGGCAUAAUGACAAGGGGGAUGGCCGGGGGGGCUGGCGAACCAUCCAGCUGCCAACCCAUGGCAUCGUGACCGUUCAGCCGUCCGAGUUCGUCGAAGAAGAGGGCAUCCUCCCCCCCAUGCUGCGCCCCUGGUGGGCGGUAGUUCGCCCCACCGAGUACGCAGUCGACCGCGGCAUCGCGGGGGGGCUCGCGCUUAUCUUCGCCCGGUCUGUGGGGUCCCGGGGGAAACUAGAGCGGGCCAUCUGGUGGGCGUGGCUCCCGGGGCGGGGCUUCCGCAAGCUGACCAACGGAGAGGUUUCUCAGGGCUGCCAGGACGUAGUGCGCCUCGGCUCUCCCGACCAUCUCCCGAUUAGCGCCAGCCACGCGUUUCACCACUAGUAACGCUCCCUUGAUGGAACCCUCGCUUCAGUCAAUCUGCGCAAAAAGUUGAAGAAGUUGGGCUAACGAAAUGAGCCAUCACUUCGGGAUUCGGUUGUGGCGUUGCCUUUGGGACCGGUAGAUAGUUUUGUGUAUGCGUUCUUCACUGUGCGUAUGGUCGUUUCAUCCAUGUAAGGUAGGACAGCGGAGAUCAGGCUCAAACGCCGAGCUCUUCGCCCAGUCAGGCGAGCAGACGACGGCGUUUGGUGCUACAGAUAACAUCAAAGACACUGUUAGUUCGACUGUACAGUGUUUGGGCUCGAGUAGACUGUCAUGAAUUGAUUGGAUUUGCGGUGUUGCCUGCAAGCUUCGAAUCCGUGUAAACGUGUAGGAUCAGUAGUUGGUUUCGUCGCGCACUUGAAAAGGGUUGCUCGUAAAAUUUGGACCAUCCUGACCCACCGGUUGCUUUUGGGUCAUUGUGGAUGGUGCUCUCAUGCAUCUGAUCGCGAAAGUCAUUUCAGCCGAGACGUUUGUCCCCUUGACCCAUCACUCAGAUUCAGAU